AUGUACCUUCGCACUUGCCACCCACGGGUUGGACCAGUUGAGCCAUUCCCGCAACACGUUGUGAGCCGACCAGAUGACCAUGCUGGCGUACAAGGCUCAAGUACCAUCAACAAAGGAUUCUUGUCUCAGAUCAAGGAGCAAAUUUUGUCGAAUAACGCAUUCUUAUUAUCGCUGAACGGCUACACCGGUGAAGCUGCGUUACACGUUCCUGACCGCGUUAUGAUCGGUGGUGCAAGAUCCCCUGCUCGCGCGUCCUUGCGUCCUGGAUCAAGAGCUCCGUUAGACUCGAGAGUGCCGCCGCCAUCAACAACUCUACUGCGCAUAUGGAAUACUGGUAGUGGUAUCCUGCAGUCUAUUCUAUCGCGUAGAAAGCUCAAGAAUCUGCUGCGCCGCAGUGUCGAUGCCCUUGGCCAGGAGGAUCACGGAAACCAAGGCUGA